AUGGGAAAUAAAGCAUCCAAGCCCGCCAGAAAGUUUACUGAUACGGUUUCUAAAGGGACUGUGAAUAGAAGCUCACAAGUUAAUCAAUUGCCAUCGCAAACGCUUCGACUGAAUUAUGAGAAGCAUCACAUGGAGAAGAGUAUAAAUGAGGCCCAGAAUCAAGAAGCUGCUGGCACUAAAAUUAAUAGUACUCUAUUUCUGUCGACAUCUCACACAUCUUUUGAUCCCUCCUAUUUAAAGAAAAAAUUAAAAAGUUCAUCAUCUGGUAAAGGUCAAAAGGAUCAAACACAGCUGCCCGAAGGAAAAGAUGGCUUUGACCCUCAAGGGAAGUUUGAUGAUGAUUUCAUUAAGUCCAUAACGAGACUUGGGAAGCUGAUCGAGUCCAAGCCAGAAUCACAGCAUUUUGAUACAUCAUUAGCUUUAGAGCAAUUGAGGUUCCGGAAGGAUUUAUACGCACAAGGACAGAAGGAGUUGGAUCUUCAGAAAAACCAAGGAUCAUACCCCCAAAGCUCUAAUGGCUCUGCUGGAAAAGAGCUGGAGGUCGUAAGGACGAUGGUCCAUCCAAGGACCUUAGGAGCAAUUUUGACUGACAUAAGAGAUCCUCGAAUAGACAAUGAAAGAAUAAUACUAGAUUAUCAGCUUCAUUCCAACUUUCUCGAUGGCUUAGGCAAAAGGUUUAAGUUAGCCACUCAUUCUGCCCCUCUAGAUCCAAAGCCAAAGGAUGAUGAGAUUGGUCCUAGAGAAGAACCUGUUUCUAAUGUAGUUUCGGACAAAGAUGGGGCUGAUAACAUUGAUAAGAAAAAAUUGAAGAAAUUGCAAGAAAGAAUUAGUCUUGAGGAUUAG